AUGCAGCAGAAUCGGUUAAAGUUCAGCCUGACUUGCAUGGCAAAGCUAUUUGAAGUAUCAAUCUCAGGCUACUAUGACUGGCUUAAUCGUGGGAUUAGCAAACGAAAACAGCACCAUAAUCGCUGUGAGAUACUGGUCAAAUCCGCUCAUAUGGAUACACAGCAAAGCUAUGGGCAUGAACGGCUACAUCAGUAUCUAAUCAGCCAAGGGCAUAAUAUUAGCCCCUACAUGGUGCGUCAGAUUAAGCAAGAACAUGGGAUUUACUGCAAACGCCACAAACGAUUUAAAGUCACUACUGACUCAAAUCACAACAAGCCUGUUUAUUCAAACUUGCUAGAACAGCAAUUUGAUGUGACGGCACCCAAUGUCGCUUGGGUCAGCGAUAUUACCUAUAUUUGGACCAAUGAAGGCUGGGUGUACCUAGCAGCGGUCAAAGACUUGUACAGCAAAGAGAUUGUGGGAUAUGCUCUAAAUAAGCGUAUGACCGCUGAUUUGGUUUGUAAGGCUCUAAACAAUGCCAUUAAGUACAAACGCCCUGCUCGGGGCUUAAUCGUGCAUUCUGACAGGGGUAGUCAGUAUUGUAGCCAUCAAUACCGCCAAAUCAUUCAAAAGCAUGGCUUUGCUGGCUCUAUGAGCCGAAAGGGUAAUUGCUACGAUAAUGCCCCGAUUGAGAGCUUCUGGGGUCAGUUAAAAAAUGAGCUGGUUUACCAUAAAAUUUAUGAAACUCGUCAGCAAGCCAUUGCUGAUGUCAGAAGGUAUAUUGAGAUUUUUUACAACCGUCAAAGAAUACAAAAAGGGUUAGGAUUUAAAUCACCUGCUCAAGUGUUCCAAGACUUUUACCGUCAGGCUGCUUGA